UGUCAUAGGGAAACGGGUCUACCGGCCUUCUCUCUCUCUCUCUGUAUUAAAUAAGGACAUAAACUUGCUCACAAGUCUCACAUGGAUAUGCAAAACACCUUCCGAAUUCAACUCUCCUCUACGGAUCCUAUACUAGUCCAAUCGAUUCAAGCUGUCAACCUUUCAAAAACUCUCAAUAUAACAUAAAAAUCUCUCUCUCCCUCUCCCUCUUUUUAGUUCCUCUCUCCUCCCAUUGCCCCAUAUGUUUCCUCUUCUCUCUCUCCUCUUCCCUUAUCAUGGCCUUGAAAACAUAUUCUCGUGUACUCCUCACCGUUCUUUGGCUCUCUCUCUUCUUACUCUUCUUUCAUGAACAACACACUUCGGAUAGCUCCAAGAUCAACGGCAGCAGCACACCGGCCGCCUCGUCGCCCUCUCGCCAUCGUCCGAUUGCCAGAAAGGUUCUAGCCAGCAAGUUUGACUUCACACCUUUCAUCAACCACCUCCGCCGGCACCACCGUUACCACCGGAACCACCACCGGGAAAACUCACCGGAUACCCGCGGACAGCCGGGGCCAGCCGGGAACGAGAUCGAUCCACGUUACGGCGUCGAAAAACGCCUCGUCCCGACCGGUCCGAAUCCGUUGCACCACUGAUUUACAUGUGUGGUAAAAUGGAAAGUGAUCAUCAUAGAAAAAAAAAAGAAGAACAAGAUAUGGUUAGUGGGAUAUUAGUUUACAUUAUUGUGGUUUAUUAAUCCAUUUCUCCGUUAUUAUCAUAUUGUUGUUGCAUGGGAUCAUGUUACAUGAUCCACUAAAUUUUGAUUGUGUAAUUAAAGGUAUAAUUAAUUAAAAGACUUUGUAUUAAUUAAUUGUUUGUCACAAUUUUU